AUGGAUGGAAACCUCCAAUCAAAUGGAGCUCCUUCUUCUACUAUCUGUCAACCCUUGCACAGUUCAAAUGUCCAUGCAAUAGCUAGAAAGAGGAGGAGGAUCAUAUUGUCGAACCGGAGGAACGGUUAUCAUCAUCCAGACAAAGAAAAUAUGCCCACCCUAGGCAAUGUUGUUCCUUCUACCAGCACGACACCGGCAUCAUGUAAUCGACGGCCUCUAAUUGAGAAUCAAUCCACCCGUUCUAACACAGCCCCUUCCAAUAGACACGUACGAGGUGUAUUACCUCAAAAAAGGCCCAGAGUUAGUCGACACCCUCCCAACAACCUACUUAAAGAUACCGACGUGGCUUCUACGUCUAAUGCCAGUGCAAUCCCUCUCAAUGAUAGAGGCAUUGUUGAGACUAACUCUCAUAGAACUACCGAGGCACACUCUAGCUCCGAAGAUGAUAUCAACUUGGGUGAGAAUUCUGAAGAUGAUUAUGAUGGAGUCGAUAUUGAUGAUGUCGUAGAUGCCCAUCUAGAAGGUGACAUGAAGGAAUACUACAGCUCAAACACUGUGGACAGGUCCAAGAUUCAUGACACCACUGUGGUCGACAUCCUCACACCAGAGUUUCUUAGUGCACUAACUACUUCGGGGUUACCUAACCACCACAUUUGCCUGAAGGUAGGAACGCCUGUCAUGCUUAUGCGUAACAUAGAUCAGUCGGAAGGUUUGUGUAACGGAACAAGGGUGAUGAUAACUAAGAUGGCCAACCAUGUUAUAGAAGCAAAAAUCAUGGCCGGAAAGGGUUGUGGGAAUUUGGUAUACAUCCCAAGAAUGGACAUGUCUCCCUCUCAGUCCCCUUGGCCUUUCAAACUUAAACGGCGUCAAUUUCCAAUAGUUGUUUCGUAUGCUAUGACGAUAAAUAAAUCUCAAGGACAAUCUCUGGAUACAGUUGGACUUUAUUUGUCGAGAGACGUAUUUACUCACGGAAAAAUCUAUGUAUCACUCUCAAGGGUCACAACGAAACAAGGAAUCAAAAUAUUGAUAUAUGAUAGGGACGACAGGCUAAAGUCGACUACGACAAACGUCCUGUACAAAGAGGUUUUCAACAACAUAUAA